UCUUUUUUUGGAUUGACAGAACUUGGAUAUUAUAACCUUUUCUGCCUUGCGGUCGAGGGAAAAAAAUUAAAGGAAAAAAAAGAAAAAAAAAAAAAACUCCAAGGACUCAGCAUCUGACUUUUCUGAUGCCAACGUUGUAAUAACUCGAAUACCUUUGCCCCCUCUCUCUUUCUCCAAAGACCCUUUUUCUUGAUUUUAAUGUGGGUGUGAAUUAUUCAGGUUUUCAAUCAUAAUUCUCAGUUCAUAAAGUUCUAGGUGGUUGGUCAGGCUCCUCGCAGAAGUCUUCCAAGAGGGGCAUUAUUGUUUGUCAAGGCAAAACUGGAAUGAGAAGUCUUCUUUAUUUGUGGAAUGUACUGACUGGGAUGCUUUGAACUUGUGUUCGUGGGGACUUCGAUCGAAAAGGCAAUGUCUUCUGGUGAUAGUUCUGCUAAUGGCCACAAGGAUGUUGAGAAUCAGGCCCAAAGCUUGGAUUUUGCAAGCAGGCUCAACUUAGGAGCAACUUCUGCACCAAAAAAUGUGAAAGGAAAAGAAAAUCUGAUCAACUCUGAAGACCAAGAAACCAUGGAACUUUAUUCACGGGCUAGCACUCAAGAGAAGGAAAUUUCGUAUCUUAGGGAACAAAUUGCUCUUGCCAGUAUUAGAGAAUCACAACUGUUGAAUGAGAAAUAUGCAUUGGAGAGGAAAUUUGCUGAGUUACGGGUGGCUCUAGAUGAAAAGCAAAGUGAAGUUAUAACUUCUGCAUCAAAUGAGUUGGCACGAAGGAAAGGUGAUCUUGAAGUAAAUUUAAACUUGCUUAGACAAUUAAAGGUUGAAGAGGACGAGAAACAUAUCUUUACAUCAUCUAUGCUAGGAAUAUUGGCUGAAUAUGGUGCUUUACCUCAUGCUACUAAUGCCUCUGCCCUAACAGACAGCAUCAAGCAUUUACAUGAUCAACUGCAGUUGAAGAUAAGAACUUCACAUGCCAGACUUGCAGAGGUGAAUUCCAUGAUUGGAAAUAAUUCAAGAAAUGGUUUUGUUGAUAAAGAUGCUCCAGGUUUAAGUCCAAUGAUUGGCCAAUUUCCAAGCAGUUCUACGGGUGUGCGUGGAUUUUCUCACUAUAGCCAGUAUGGUGAUGGAAAACAUUUGGAAUCAGCUGAUGAUGCGUCAAGAUAUGUACAAGAUAAUGAUCCUAAACAAGUCAGAAGCUUAACGCGGAGUGUUGCGAAUAAUGAGAAUCUUCUAAGGACAAUACCUGACAUUGAUAGAAAUGUUGCAGGCCAUUUUAUGGAGAAUAUGCCUGAAAGAAAUGGGUACUUCUCGGGAUCUGACCAAAGAACUACUGAUCAAUUUUCCCAUCCUCCAAUGAUGCAUGAUGGGGUUGGUUCUUUUGAUUCAGAAGAAGAUGGACCUGGAAUAGAGGGCUUUCAAAUUACUGGAGAUGCUAAACCAGGAUGCAAACUCUUAGGCUGUGGAUAUCCUGUACGUGGAACUUCUCUCUGCAUGUUUCAGUGGGUUCGCCAUUAUCCAGAUGGCACAAGGCAGUAUAUCGAAGGAGCCACAAAUCCAGAUUAUGUAGUGACAGCUGACGAUGUUGAUAAACUUAUUGCUGUUGAGUGCAUUCCAAUGGAUGAACAAGGCCGACAGGGUGAUCUUGUCAGAAUCUUUGCCAAUGAUCACAACAAGAUUACAUGUGAUGAAGAGAUGCAACAGGAGAUCGAUACCUAUAUAUCUAAAGGCUUGGCAAUAUUUAACGUCCUAAUUCUUUUAGAUUCCUCUGAAAACUGGGAGCCAGCAACUCUAUUUAUGAGGCGGUCGGGCUUUCAGGUUAAAGUUGAGAGAAACCAGGAUGUUGUAAUUUCCGAGAAAUAUUCUAAAGACUUGUUGAUCAAAAUACCAAGUGGCCUCUCGGCGCAGUUUGUCUUGACAUGUUCAAACGGCUCAUCAUAUCCCUUUAGCACAAAUAAUGACAUAAGAAUGCGAGAUACACUUGUGCUGACGAUGAGAAUCUUCCAGGGCAAGGCUUCGGACGAGAAGAGGAAGGGUAAAGCAUGAUCGAGUCAUCGCCUUCAUCUUGUAGGUGCAGUGUUUAUAGCGAUUCUUCAUUCUUUCUUGGAAUAGAGAUACCCUACAGUUUCUGCCAUACAGUUGAGAAUAAGUAGCCAAAUAUAGUGCAUUUCCGUUUCCGGGUUGUAUUAUGUUUUGUUGUAGCAGUGUAGUUGUACAGCUUUAUUCUUGAUCGCAUGCCAUGUAAUAUGUGCAAGGUUGGGCAUUUUGGUAGGAUUUGCAUCUCAAUUUUGACUCUAUACCAUGUCAUUGAUAACCU